AUGGUUGAACAGGCAAUUAUUAAAAGCACAGAAUCGCAUGUGUUACUUUUGGAAACGAUCCAGAAGGUCACAAAUGCCAAGAUGGAUGUUCAGCUGCGUGCUCAAUUGCUUGAUGUUCUUGUACGAUUAUUUACAAACAAUAAACAUGCCGACUUCGUUGCAAUCUGCCAAUGCUUGGUGAAGCUAAAUCGCCCAGAAGACAUUGGGAAACUGUUGGAUCGACUUAUGUCGCACGAGAACGGUGAUCUCAUUGCCUAUCAAAUCGCUUUUGAUCUGUAUGAAAAUGCAUCACAACAAUUCAACACACAAGUGUUAAACACUUAUGCAAGUCUUCAUCAACCAUCAUCGAGCGCACCACCUAAAGGAGAAAAGAUGGAAGUAACUCCUGUUGAAACAAGUACUGAGCCGAAAAAGGAGAUACAGCAGGAGACCGGAAAAGUUGAGAGUCAAUCUGAAAGCAAACCUGAGGAAAAAUCCGCUGAAGAAUCUACUCCGAUGGCUCGACUGAAAGCAAUUUUACGAGGAGAAGAGACCAUUAAACAGCAUAUGCAGUUUUUAAUUAAGAAUAACCAUACGGACAUGUUGAUUUUGAAGGAAAUGAAAGACUGUGUGCGUACAGCUACAGCUCAUAACGCUACAUUGAUGGCAAAUGGCCUCAUGCAUCUUGGAACAACUUGUGAUGACUUUUUGCGUGACAAUUUGGAUUGGAUAAGUAAGGCUACGAACUGGAAUAAGUUCAAUGCUGUAGCUACUUUGGGUCUUAUUCAUAAGGGCCAUGAAUCGGCCGCCAUGAAACUGCUAGAACCAUAUCUGCCUAAGACAGAAGCAGAUCAGUUUGGUUUUAAGGAGGGUGGUUCCCUUUAUGCGCUUGGUGAUCAUUAA